CUCUGAGCCUCGCUCUCAUUAGCUUCGUCUGGAACUGAGUCCUGGAGCCAAUUAACAGAAGGGGAAAGAAAUAACCCUCAUAAAUCAAGCAAUUAUCAGGCUCUUUGGUGGAGUGCCUUUUGGCACAGGAGCCUCCAGGUUUGGGGAGGGGGAAGGAGGCUGGUGAAUGGUGAAGGGAGCCGCCUCCUUUUAGUCCCUCCCCUGACACCUUGCUUUUUAUAGCCCAUCACCAAAGGAAGGGCCAGCUUUUUGGAGCAGUCAUCCUCCAAGCUCAGCCUGUCUCUCUGCCUGACUCUCCCUUUUCUGGAUUGCAAAGACAUCCUUUUCUUCUUCCUUCCCUAAAGAUGAAGGCUUCUCUUGCAGCCCUGAUGGCAGCCUUGCUCUGCGUGGAGAGAGUAUCUUCGCUGAUGUGCUUCACCUGCGAAAAUGCAGAAUCCAAUUGGGACUGCCUGAGCAUGAAGACGUGUGCGGAGAACGAGAAAUUCUGCAUGACAAAAUAUUUUGGCGGAGGAAUUGGUACUGAGAACAAGCAGUCCAUCAGCAAGGGUUGCUCAGCCACUUGCCCCCAGGGUGGCAUCGACUUGGGCGUCAUGGCCUUCUCCAUGAAAUGCUGUAAUACCUCCUUGUGCAACACGAGCGGUGCCAUCAGUGUCAAAAGCAGCACUUUGAUGCUGGCCGUGGGCACCUUGGCCAGUUUAUUCUACAUCUUCGGAGCCAGGCUGUGAGGCAAGAGGCGGGCACCGUCGUUAUCAGGAGCCAUUUCCACACAAAACUCUCCGCUCGGGGCAACCCUCUGCCUGUUUCCAAGGGCUCUGUGGCCACCUUUGCUCGCAACCUUUGGCCACAGUGGUUCCUGUCCUUCUUGGAAACUUGCUCAGGGCCCAGUAUGUUGAGCAGCGCAGUUUGGUGAUGUUCUGAACAAUGCAAAUGGUUGCGCUUUUUCCAUGUACUUUGUGGUCCCAAAACAUAAUAAAACAAUUAUAUCAGUAAAA